AUGACUGCCACUGAGUACACUCGAUAUCAAGAUAUACCAGAGACUACUGCGGAUCUCGAGUGGGCCGACCUAGUGACCAUUGACCUUUCUCAAUUCGACGAACCCGGCGGAAAGAAGAAGCUCGCAUCCCAACUAAAGCAUGCCAUCUCCACCGUCGGCUUCUUCUACGUGAUCAACUUCGGCCUAUCCGAGGAAGAGGUCGACGACCAAUUCGCUCGCGCCAAAGAUAUCUUUGAUCUACCUGGUGAGGCGAAACAGAAAUACCGGGUCGACCCCACAAAGCAGGGGUUCUUUGGGUGGAAGCCACGCGGAAGCCGCAAGCAGCAGCAUGGUCUAGUCGAUAGCCUAGAGCUGUACGAUGAUCCGAAAUGGAACGACUUCUACAAAGAGAGGCUGAGACCACAGCCGCUUGUCGAUGACGCGGAAAAGACGGAGAAGUUCCAGAGACAUUUGGCGUCAUACGUCCUUCGACGACUGCUGAUCUUGUCCGCGAUCAUCAUGGAACUCGACGAUGAAGAAGCGCUGUGGAAGCUGCAUGAUUACGAGUCGCAAUCCCAGUGUCAUCUCAGAUACAUGCUGUAUCAUCCCCGAACCCCGGACGAGCUGGAGAUCAUGAAGCAGCAUAACAUCGAGCAAAACGUAUAUGGACACACGGACUUCGGCACCUUCACACUCCUGAUGCGACAGCCGGUCGCAGCGCUGCAGGUUCGGCCAUACGGGGAGAAGAAGUGGAAGUGGGUAAAGCCGCUCAAAGAAAGCAUCACCGUCAACGUCGCCGACACCUUGUCAUUCCUCACCGGAGGCUAUCUCGAGAGCUCCAUCCAUCGGGUGGUCCUGCCGCCGGAGGAUCAGAGGGACAUUCCAAGGUACGGGGUUAUCUACUUCGCUGGGCCGGACGAUAGCACGCUCUUGCAGGCAGUGAAGAGUCCCCUUUUGGAGAGGGGGCAGAUUGAAGGGGAUAAUAAUCGAGCGCUGCCGCCGGUGGGGGUGACUGCAGGGGAGUGGGUGAGGAUACGGUUUGGGAGUAUUGAUGCGAAUUAUGCAAACAAUAAGGAUAAUAAGGUGGUUGUGAAGAACGUUGAGGUUCCUAGUUACGCGUGA